UCUCACGAGUCAACAUUAAAAUCAUGGCAUAACUAACUGCGACACGGUUAGGAGCAAGAAGACUUGAGUGUAGAAGACAAUUUAAGGAACUACAAACAUUUUAUUACACUAAAUCAUGCUACGAAAGGUGCUGGUUAUUUUUUUUGUUCUUGUAAUCCAUGCCGAAGAUACGACAACAGAGGUAUCCCAAAGUGAUGAAGCGGAGAAAAUACUCAAGAUGUACGGCUAUAUUGCCGAGGGGCAACCUGGAACUGGCUCAUUGGUAUCCGCCGAUGCUGUGACGAGUGCUUUAAAGCGUUACCAGACAUACGCUGGACUCAAACCGUCUGGAAUUGUAGACAAGGAAACUGUAGCUAAGUUUAGAGAGCCACGUUGUGGUAUGAGUGACCAGAAAACGCUUGGCAGGAAAAAGCGAUACGUACAUCAAGGAACCAAGUGGAUGAAAAAGCGGUUAACCUGGAAAAUUAUCCGUUAUUCUUCCAACCCAUCAAGAACGUUGAGUAACGGGCAGGUUCGCAGGACUGUUUAUGAAACGUUACAGAAGUGGAGUGCUGUAGCAGACAUUGAUUUCCAAGAAACGACUUUAAGCGAUGCUGACAUUCUUAUCAGUUUUCGGAGAACAACUCAUGACGACCCCUAUCCAUUCGAUGGGCGUGGGGGUACACUUGCACACGCUUAUUACCCAUCUACAAAUCAAGGCCUUGCUGGUGAUGCGCACUUUGACGACGAUGAGAUAUUUACCCUCCGUACUGCACAAGGCACAAACUUUUACUGGGUCGCACUGCAUGAAUUCGGUCACAGUCUAGGCCUUGAACAUUCUAACCAUCGUGAAGCAAUCAUGUAUCCAUGGUACCAAGGAUACAAAGGUGAUGACGUCGAUUUGAGAUCAGAUGAUAUCCUUGGAAUACAAACCCUGUAUGGUGCGCGGGUCAGAUCUGAAACAACUGCUAUGCCAGAAACUAGCCUUCCUAAGACUUACCUUCCUACGACACAGCCACCGUUUCCCGAAUGCUUCAGUCGAAUACAGGCUGCCUAUUUAGGCAAUGAUGAGCUCACUUACGUCGUUCAUGAGGAUAAACUUUACAAGCUUGGAAAGUAUUUGAGACUUCAACAAGGUCCGGUUCCUGUUGGCAGUGUUUUUAGUGGGGUGACAAAGGUCGAUGCAAUGAUUUUUAAAAAGGAAACUGGAGAGCAGAUAUUUUUCCAUGGUGAUAAGUAUUGGGUUUUCAGAGGCUCCCAAAAACUUUCUGGUCCAAAUCACAUCUCUCGCUAUGGCCUAACAAACGAAAUGAGCAAUCUUGAUGCUGCAUUGAGUUGGAAAGGAAGUGGCAAGCAGUAUUUCUUCAAAGGUGCAAACUACUGGCGAUACGAUGUUGGUAGGAGAAGAGUCGACCCUGGAUAUCCUAAGAGUAUUUCAGCAUGGGGAGGUAUACCGUCAGAUAUUGAUGCCGCGAUGCAGUGGAGAAACAAUGCCAUAUACUUCUUCAAAGGCGAAAAGUUUUACAGAUUUGACACACGAAGGAUAUCUCUCGUGCCAGGAUAUCCAAAAAAGUUGAUGGGUGAUUUCAUUAUUUGUCCUGUGAAAGGAAAGGCAGGUCAAAUAUCUGGAGUUGGCAUGUCUCGGGAUCAGGCAGGAUCGGGUGGAAUAAGACUGGAGUCGGAACGUCUUGUUUUCAUCUUUCUUGCCUUCGUUACCAUUAACAUUGUUUUUUGGAAUUGAUGUCGCACUUACAUGAGAGCACUUACGUCACACUAAAAAUUAUAGGACGAUACAAAGAUAUGAUGAAACAUGUCUUGACAUAUUAUGACGUCAUAACAUAUAAUAAACAAGACGACAUUGACUGAUAUGACUAGGCUGGACAGUACGGUUUAAGAAUGAAGGAAACCAGAAUUAUUAAUUAUUAUCAUAAAAUAUGUAUGUUAAAAAUAAUAAAAUACGUUAUGUUCAACAAUUUUGUUAUAAAUCUAUUAUUCUUAUUUUUAUGAUUAGACAAAUUUUCGUACACUUUCUAAAAUAUUUUCUUGACUUAGUUUAAAAACCUGGAUAGUUUCUUGAAUCCAGAUUAAAAAAAGAGACAUUUUAUAGCAGUGGUAUGAGGGACGCCAAUUCUGCGUACGGGGUAAAGAAGAAAGACUGGAUUAGGGAAGGAAGAGGAUUUAGCAAUAAAAUGGUCAGUAGUUUGUGUACCUGCAUCAUAAAUGCCAUCUGAGAGGCGAUUAAAAUAGAAUUUAUACCAUGGAAAUCCAAAUAUUUUUGGGUCAAUUAGACCCUAUUGUUGUUAGGAAUGAGCCCUACAGUUAUAUCUUGUUAAAGCUAGCUAUAUCUUGCCUAACAUUUAACGUUAUUUUUAUGAUAAUUUUGAAGCUGGACAGUCAAACCUUGUAAUGCCAUACAUUAUCAAUGUUUGUUGCCUCUUGGAAUGGACAAACGCCAAAUGAACGCAGAGAUACAAACGAGCUUUUUCCCCCUCAAGUUACCGAAUAUGCAAAAAUGUUUUUUCUGUAAAAGCCCCAAAAGGCCACUUCGGCCAGAAAAACUGAGGCACAUGUAAAAGUUAUUGCUCAAUGUAGACGCUCCUUUGUAUUGUUGGCUAACUAGUUAUUUUAUAUUGUAAAACGUAUAUUAAGGUAGCUUUUUUUGAAUUUUUUAAAUGAUUUCUUUCAAGCAACGUCAUUUGCUGAAAGGAUUUCCUGUCUUCCUGUCCAGUGAUGCCCUUGCAGAACAUGGAUAUCCUAAUAUAUACCGUAUUUACUCUGAUAUUCCCGCUUCUCUUUUAUUCCCGCCUCUCUAGUAAUCCCGCUUGUACUUCAUAGAUAGUAAGAAUAAUCCCGCCUCCCCAGUAAUUCCGCAUGCGGGAUUGAAACUUUUAAUUGGCAUUUGCUAUUCUUUACACACUUAGUAUGGGUUGAAAAUCAAGUAUUGAAAUUUAUGCUUGGAGUAAAUGGGUUAAAUCACAUGAUAAUGUCAUAGACGGAAGAGGGCAUAGAGCUGUCUUAUUUUGCAAGUUUAUCAAACAUCCAAGUCUGGCGGCAUAAAAAGACGUUUGAUUCUUUGACUUCGUACUACUGUCUAUAAAGCACAAUUUCUGCUCUAUCUUGUCUGUGAAAAUAAAUAUCCCACCCCCCCCCCAUUCAAUGUUAACCCCCCUAUACAUGUUGAAAUUGCAUAUAUUUUUUUCUCACUUGCCACAAUCACGUUUAAGAGACUUUUUUGUUGGAACGGUAUCCUCAAACUAGACUUCAAGGCAUUGAAAAAAUAAUCCCGCCUCUCCAAUAUACCCGCCUCUCCAAUAAUCCCGCCUUUUUUGUUAGGUUGAAACGCUAAUCCCGCAGCGGGAAUAUUAGAGUAAAUACGGUAUGCGUCAUUUCUAUUGUAUACCUUUGUACGAUAUAUGCUUGAAAAUCCCUGGGUAAGCCACCUAUGAUCGAAUCCUUCUAUACCGAGCAAUUAUGAGUGUAGACCUAUAUAUGAGCCAUAAAACUUAAUUUUUGUAUUCUGCAUACAAGAGAAGAGUAGCGCAAAGCAUCAAACGACCAUUUUGCCCAUUUUUCAUUGCUUUAUACAGCCACAAUGUGCAGAAUGCAAGGUGACUGUUUCAUCUUGUAUACCCAAUGACUCUUAUGGAGGACAAGAUACUCGUUUGAUAGUGCUUCAUCUCUUUAUAAACUGUUGUUAAUGGCGAAAUAUUAGCAUCUGGGAAGUACUACAAUCAAAACAUAUCCGUAGAGAAGGUUUCAAUUACCCACAAACCGUAAAUGCACUUUAGAAUACUCCAGGAAAAUUUUCAUGGAUGUAUUGUAACUUAUAUAGACUAUUGUUUGUUUAAGUAUAAAUUAUUGUAGUAUUUUACAAAAUUUUUCCUGUAAGAACUGGAUUCGUAUGGUUUCAUUAGACUGCUCAGUAAGAACUGGAUUCGUAUGGUUUCAUUAGACUGCUUAGUAUUUUGUAGAUAUUUAUUUUAACUUGUUUUUAUUUAAGUUUGGAUUUAGUUGUAUUUUUCUUAUGUUUAUAUUUGGACUUGGAAUGAAUUUGAAUGUAUUAAAUAUGUUGUUUUUAAUAAAAUGUUUUGAAUUCGAAAA